AUGUGGCUCGAUCGACUGGCUGGCUUUCCGUCGAGUGCCUCUGCCUCUGGUCAAUCGACUCCACAACUUGGGAGUCGAUCGUAUUCUCCUCUUCCGCGCCGGACGUCAAACUCCCUGAGUCCUUACGUCACCUCCCAAAGAACUGGGCAUUCUCCUCGGAAUUCUUCCCUGUCCCUCGUGACCAGCGACUCGUCUUCAUCGCUGCUUACCUGUUCUCGUCGCGUAAACGGAUCCUCGUUGCGGCAAACAGCAACUACCGCCAACCAUUCCGAUUCGCUCGAUGCUCUGGAGAAGCUGCUCAAGGUCCUCAAAGAAGCUUCUCAAGACUCCGACGGGAAAGAGGAAGCUCAAGCAGGCUCCAUUGUUGAAGCAGAUCUUGAGCUGGACGUCGAUUUUGGGGGUCUAUCAUUGAAAGAACUGGUCGCCGUUGAAGGCCCUGAUGAUGGCGCUGCCGUCAUACGACAAGCACAAGCCGGAGAAGAAUAUGAAGACGAGCGAACCACGUUUGAAGGUCUUCAUCGAUCAAUUACGGCGUGCGACGAUGUCCUCAACUCUGUUCAAGUCAACUUGGCCAACUUUCGAAAUGAUCUCGCUGCCGUGUCAGCUGAUAUCGAGUCGUUACAAGAACGCUCUACGGUAUUGAACCGCCGUCUUCAGAAUCGCAGAGAGGUAGAAAAGGCACUCGGCCCUCUUGUAGAAGACAUCAGCCUGUCUCCCGACGUCAUUUCCAAAAUCUCUACAGGACACAUCGAUGAGUCGUGGGUCAAGGUAUUGUCUGAGCUGGAUAAGAGGCUAGUAGCGUACAAGAAGAAGUCGUCGUCGGGAUCGCAACGUAACAAGGCUUCUGAAGAGUUGGGCCCAUUGUUGGAAAAACUCACAUUGAAAGCGAUUGAACGUAUCCGCGAUUUUCUGGUGGCUCAGAUCAAGGCCUUACGAUCUCCUCAUAUCAAUGCCCAGAUCAUUCAGCAGCAGAACUUUCUCCGUUUCAAAGACCUGUACACUUUUCUUCACCAGCAUCAUGCAACGCUUGCCGAAGAGAUAUCGCAAGCGUACAUGAACACGAUGCGAUGGUACUAUCACAACCACUUCAGCAGAUACCAGCAGGCUUUGGCCAGAAUAAAGACUCACGCCAUCAUCGAAAGAACGGACACCCUGGGCCAAGAGGAUAUCACAAGGGUAGCUGCGGUUCUUUCAAGCGCGCGAGCUUCAGGGCCGCCGCACGAUGCAUUCAACAUCGGCAGACGGUUGGACGUCCUCAAGACAAAAAACCAGGCGGCUCUGCCUUCUCACCUCGCUGAGGAGGACCAGGCCACGCACUAUCUCGAGGUCCAAUUCCGAAACUUUAACCUGGCCUUGGUGGACAACGCAACCGCAGAGUACACAUUCUUGGCGACUUUUUUCUCGCCAGCCUUGUCCUAUUCGCGAAUCUCGACCAACUUCAACUACAUAUUCGAACCGACAUUUGAGCUCGGCCAGGCGCUUUCCAGGACCCUCGUGGCGGAUACCGUUGAUGCCUUGGGCAUCCUGAUGUGCAUCCGCCUCAACCAGCGCUUCGCUUUCGAGCUUCAGCGGCAAAAGGUACCCGCCGUGGAUGGGUACGUCAACGCGACAAACAUGUUGCUCUGGCCACGGCUGCAGGUCGUCAUGGACCGACACAGCGAAUCCGUCCGCCAGCUGGCGAACAAGUUGCCGAGCAAGCCGAAUCGCUCGACAGGUGAUGCCUCGAGGAUGACGCCGGCUCCUCACGUCGUCACACAACGCUUUGGGCAGCUCCUCCAUGGGUUCCUGGCUCUCAGCACAGAGGCCGGGGAUGACGAGCCCGUCGUAGCCAGCUUACAGCGGCUUCGCUCAGAGGUCGAGGCCUUCUUGACCAAGCAGAGCUUGGCCUAUGGCGGCGACAAGCGCAAGAGCGAGCGGUUUCUCUACAACAACUACUCUUUAAUCUCGACGAUUAUUGGUGAUGCAAUCGGCAAGCUGGCUGCGCAACAACAAGAGCAUUUCGAAAAGCUCAAAGCGACCCACAGGGGAGAUGUGUGA